AUGAAGGCCUCUCACACGCUCCUCAUCCUCUUCCUCCUCUGCAGGAGUUUGACUGUGUCAGGAAAGACAACGGAGGAAAUGCUGGAGGACUGGAACCGCUACAGAAAUGAAUGUCAGCUCAAGAUGAGAGCAGAACCGAGGCCCAAAGGAGUGUUUUGCAGUCGAAUGUUUGACAGCUACGCUUGCUGGUCAGAUGGACAGCCCAACUCCACAGUUAAGGUGCCCUGCCCCUGGUAUCUGCCGUGGUACGACAGAGUGCACAGUGGCUUUGUGUUGCGGGAGUGCGGCCCUGACGGUCAGUGGGCCACCAGCAACUCCAGUCGCACCUGGAGGGACCACUCUGAGUGCGAUGCUGAAAACCACCAACAGGAGGCUCAAGAGAAGCGGAUGGUGACUCUAGCCUACUUCAAAGUCAUGUACACAGUGGGUUACUGUGCUAGUCUGGCCAGUCUCUCUCUGGCUCUGAUUAUUCUGCUAUUCUUCAGUAAGCUGCGCUGCACCAGAAACUACAUCCACACCAACUUGUUUGCAUCGUUCAUUCUGCGAGCUGCCUCCAUCCUGACCAGAGACACACUCCUGAGCAGAAACCCUCCUGAGUUCGGAGACAACAGGGACGUCUAUGAAGUACUGAGUAACCAGACGGUGUCCGGCUGCCGAGUGGCUCAGGUGCUGAUGCAGUACUGUGUGGGGACCAACUACUUCUGGCUGCUGGUGGAGGGCCUGUAUCUGCACAACCUGCUGGUGCUGGUGUCGUUCUCCGAAAACCGUUACUUCUGUGGAUACCUCCUCUUCGGCUGGGGUACCCCAGUGCUAUUUGUCGUUCCUUGGAUUAUUGUACGUUACCUGUUUGACAACACAAGCUGCUGGGAGAUAAAUGCAAAUCUGGCGCAUUGGUGGAUCAUUCACAUCCCCAUCCAGCUCACCAUUAUGGUGAACUUCUUUUUCUUCAUCCGUAUCAUCCACAUCCUUGUAUCCAAACUGAAAGCCCAUCAGAUGAGAUAUACAGACUACAAAUUCAGGCUGGCCAAAUCCACCCUGACCCUGAUUCCUCUGCUGGGGAUCCAUGAAGUUGUGUUUGCAGUGUUGACAGAGGAGCACACAGAGGGAGUCCUUCACGACAUCAACCUCUUCUUCCAGCUAUUCUUCAACUCUUUCCAGGGUUUAUUUGUAGCCAUCCUCUAUUGCUUUGUCAACAAGGAGGUGCAAGCAGAGAUAAAGAGGACAUGGCAGAGGUGGAAGCUGGGGCUGACUAACCUGGAUGACCUGAGGAACACUGGCAGCAACACAGCACAGCCACCUGUCCAUUGCCAAGAGGUCAGCAACAUCUCUGCUGUGCCUCACACUCCUGCUCCUCCUCACCCUCAGCUUCCUGUUCCUCACCCCUACAUCCACCAACAAGGCCAGAUGGGAAACAGACCACUAGGGAACCAUUGCUACGUCCCUGUUCAUUGA